GUAGUGCGAGCGAAGCAAGUGAGAUUAGUGCUGAGUUGGCAGUCUUGGCGAGACAGUCCCGCUAACUGUUGAUUUGCAUGUCGUACGGCACAUACGUGAAUCCGCAGCGCGAGCCCGGAUAAUGUUACGAAUGAAUGUACUUAAACGGUCUACUUAAAACAACGUCGCAGUACUUAAUGAGCGAUGAGCGGACAGAAGUUCCAGUAUGACGAGAGCGGAGGGACAUUUUUUUAUUUUCUGCUCUCAUUCUUGGCGCUAUUGCUGGUACCAGGAACCUAUUACCUCUGGCCACGUUGCCCGAAGCAAGAUCCUGACCAGUUAGCCAAAGAGUGCACGUGUAAUGGGUGCAGAAAGAAAAAAGUUAUUCUUCAGGCAAAUAAACCUUGGAAGGAAACUAAAGCUUUAUUUACGAAAUUUUUAAUUAUCUUGGGAUGGGUUAUCUUGAUAUUCUUAGCAUAUAAAGUAUCUCAAUUUGAUUAUGAAAUGGCCAAUUUUGAUCCAUAUGAAAUAUUAGGUGUACCACCUGGUUCUUCACAAGGUGAAGUUAAGAAAGCUUAUCGCAAGCUUUCCUUGAUUCUUCAUCCUGAUAAAGAAACUGGAAAUGAAAAAGCCUUUAUGAAAUUAACCAAAGCUUAUCAAGCUUUGACGGAUGAUGAAGCACGAAAAAAUUGGGAAAAAUAUGGAAAUCCAGAUGGUCCAGGGGCAAUGAGUUUCGGUAUAGCUUUGCCUUCCUGGAUAGUUGAAAAAGAGAAUUCAGUAUGGGUGUUAGGACUGUACGCAUUGGUGUUUAUGGUUGCUUUACCGACAGUUGUAGGAAUGUGGUGGUACAAGAGUAUCCGCUACACUGGUGAUCAAGUUCUUCUAACAACAACUGAAAUGUACUACUUUUUUUUUGUGAAAACGCCUUCUAUGUCAUUGAAGAGAGUCAUUAUGAUACUCGCCGCUUCCUUUGAAUUCUUUAAGAAACGGAAUGCAGAGAUAGUUGAGAGACAUACUGACAGCGAAGAGGUUCCUUCGCUCAUCAAGCAGCUACCUAAUUUAGGGGAAAAAAACAAAGAAGUACCCCUAUGCCACUUGUAUUCAAUUAAAGCUAGAGCCUUAUUGCAUGCACAUUUAUCACGUAUACAACUCAAUCCUGAGACAUUAGAGAAAGAUAGGCAAUACAUCGUAAAGAAGUGUCCAUAUCUGAUUCAAGAAAUGGUCGCCUGUGUCCAUCAAGUAAUACUUUUAGCUUAUGCUAGAAGAGUUCCACGAGUUCCAACUAUAACAACUGUGGAGAACUGUAUGAAAUUAUGUCCAAUGAUCGUCCAAGGAUUUUGGGAGUUUAAAAAUCCUCUCCUUCAAUUGCCACACAUAACUGAGGAUAACCUAAAAUACUUCCACGCGAAAAAGCGUCAAAUCAAAAGUCUUCAACAAUUCGCACAAUUGAAAGGAGAAGAACGAAGACUGAUACUUAGAAAUCUGUCGGACAGUCAGUAUGAUAAUGUUAUGAAAGUUCUCGGAAGUAUGCCGUACAUAGACUUCAAAGUGCGAUCUGAAGUAAUUGAUGAUGAGAACCCUACUGUCUAUACUGCUGGUGCUAUAGUAACUGUAACAGUAUCGUUAACACGAAGAGAUAUGAAGCAUCUUUUUGGAGAUGAUUCUGUCAACGAGCAAAAUAUCAUCGACGAUAAUAAACUCUGCGGUGAAACGGUUGACGAGGUGUCAGAGGAACAAAACCAAUCGAAAGCUGCAAAGCCGGCGUGGCUUAAGCAAAAGAAAGGUCAAAAGAAAUCGCAUAAAAAGGGUACUAGCAAAAAGCCAGCGCCUGCUAAAAAUACGCAGGCACAGUCGCAGACUGUGGCCAAUAAUACUCAGCACAGCAAUACUCCGAAUGCGAAAAAAAAGGAUAACGAUAAGGUGGAAAAAGAGUCUUCCAAGGAAAAGUUGUCCGAUGUCAGUGACAGCGAAGCAGAGAGUGACAGAAGUGACGACGAGGAUAGCCACGAUAAGAAAGACACGUCACUUGACGAUGACGAUACAGAAUGGGAAAAAUUCCAACAGAGGAUUUCUAAACGGGAGAAAGUACUGGAGGGAAGGAGUAACCUGUCGCACGACGUACAUAGUCCAUUCUUUCCCGAUGUUAAACAAGAGUACUGGUGGGUCUAUAUCUGUGAUCGCAAAAGUCAAACGCUGUUAACAACCCCUAUACACGUCACAUCACUAGCAGAGUUUGAGGAGGUUCAAUUAAGAUUUACGGCACCACGUUGGCCAGGCCUUUAUACGUUUACUGUGUGUUUACGUAGCGAUUCGUAUCUGGGCUUUGACCAGGCUCAAGAUAUUAAAUUGGAUGUGAAAGAAGCACCGGAAGUACCAACGGAGCAUCCGCAGUGGGACAUCUCGGAUGAGGAAACUGCAGAGGAUGUGGACGCAGUUGAUGAACAUUCCGAGUUCACGACCGACGAGGAUAUUAGUGACAAUGAGUAAUAUCUGUUUCUCACGUGUGAUCGAAAUAGAUAUUCUAAAAGUCCGCAUUUUUCUCUUUUUUUACUUCUCAAGUUUAAUGUACAAUGGACUUUUAUACAUGGAAUUGCAUAAUCGUUGAUGUAUGUGGACAAUCUAGGAAAAUAGUCUGGUGUGUAAGAUUUGUCAGUGUGGAGAAAGUAAUAGCGAAUAAAGAACAUAAUAUUUAUUUUAACAUCGUUGUUCAAUCCUCAAUUUGAGUGUGUUUCUCAAUUGGGAGAUGUGUACAUACAGUUUUCUAAUAAAAUAUAUCUUAUUGUACAAAAAGUAA